GAUCUGAUGAAUGUGUACAAGAACUUCACUUCACACUGCUCUCUCUCAUACUGCCUCACUCUCCAUUAACGGAACAAACAUCUGCAAUCUGUCUCUCCUCAUAUACAGACAGACACAUAUAUAUAGUGUACAUGUAUGUCGCUUUCGUAUUUGGUGGGGUGCUUAGCUGCAAUGAGUGAGCCUCCUAAUGAUAGAGAAUUCGAACAAGGGAACUCGAAGAAGAAUAACCCAGUUGUGGAGAUUGAAGUGUCGAAUGAUGAUGGACAUGAUGUUGAUAGGAGAGGGAAAGUGAUGGAGACGACGGGGAAGAAGAGAAAGAAGAGGAAAAGAGAGCCUUCCAGAGAACUGAAAACAGAGGAGGCUCUGCUUCAGGACCCUCUGACCGUGUUUGGCUCAGAUAUCAUGACCAUGAUUCUGCGCCAUCUCAACGCACCCAGCGUGGCACUAUCACUCCUUACCUCACGAACAUGGUACGGAGUUGCUUCCAGCGACAGCCUCUGGAAAAGAAAGUGUGAGGAAUUAUGGUCUGGGAAAGCUCACAUACCUCGUUCAUCACAACUCCGGGGGUUGUCAAAGUUAGGCGCUUAUUCAACGUCUAUCAUGGAUGGCAAGCGGACCCGCAUCAUGAAGGAGGAUCUGUGUGAUCAUGUUUGGGAGUUUCACUUUAACGAGGCGGCCCCAGAAUAUUGGCGAAAUCUUGAUCCUUUUUGGAAAGGAACUGGACCUCCAAUGCGCCGCUACUUUCAUCUAGAUGGGACCCUCACCGCAGAUCCUGGCGAUGAUGUAUGGGGUGGUCAUGAGUCAUGUUAUUCUAUUGUCACUAGUUUCGUGGGCGAUGGGAAGAUCAGGGAGCACUAUGUUAGGAUUAACCGUUGGCCCCGCUUGUCCGUGUCAAGGAAGCAUGACUGGAGCUGGGAAUUGUCCAACUACCUAUAUUGCUACUCCAGCAUUCCCGAUGCUCACAAGGAAGGUGGAACAGGUCCACUGUACCCUUUUUGUUAAUUUCCCCUAGCUGUUGUGGUUUAAAUCUGUGUGGCAGUGUUGUAUGGUUUUGUUCUAAUGAAAUAUGCUUGUUUCUAUAAAGAGCAUAUGUCUAGGUUAACUAUGCUUGUUUGCUUUUUCUAGAACAAAUAAACUUAGGCCUUGUAAAUAUUGUGUUAUUAUGUUCUUACUGUUGACUGUAGUGCAAUAAAGGUAACAGUUUGGUAUUUCAAAUGGGAUUUUUAAUAA